AUGCUUAUGGAUCCAAUGGGAGGUAUUGUCAGGACAAAUGACGGGAACGCGAUUUUGAGAGAAAUCACGGUUAAGCACCCGGCAGCAAAAAGCAUGAUUGAUAUUGCUAGGACUCAGGAUGAAGAGACUGGAGAUGGUACAACUUUGGUGAUAGUUCUUGCUGGAGAAAUCAUGUCGAAAGCCCACGUCUUUUUGGAGCAACGCAUUCAUCCAACUAUCAUUAUUCAGGCAUAUCUUCAAGCUCUUGAAGAUAUGGUUAAAUUAGCGGAAACCAAUAAGGCGCGUGAAAAGGCCAAGAAGCCAACCACAAACGCAGUACCGCAUCACAAGAGGGGAAACAAGAACAACUUGCAGAAGGUAGCUUCAAAGGAAGAUGAGGAGGGUGGAGAAAAUGCCGAUCCGAAGGGGGCAGCUCCUCCUCCCGAUGCUAAGACUCCAGCACCCUCUACCGCGCUACCUUUGGGUCGGAUCAAGAUAGAAGUCAUUAUUACAACGCUCUUCCGGCAAAAAGUUAAAUGGAAGGCAACUGCUUCCAUCAAGAUGGCAACCGCCGUCGAAACGAUGAUCGAAAAGAUCGAUGAGGUGAAGAGUCGACUUGGAAGAACCCUUGGAACUCCGAUGAGGUUACGUGAUUUGAUUCGACAAGUUCGAGCCGCGAGAACGAUGGCUGAAGAACGAGCGGUGGUGGAUAGAGAAAGUGCCAACAUUCGGGAAAGCUUUCGUGAUGACGAAUCUCCUUGGAAGUGCCGAAACAUCGCAAAGCUUCUUUACAUUCACAUGCUUGGAUAUCCUGCUCAUUUUGGACAGAUGGAAUGUAUGAAACUAGUUGCUCAACCACGUUUCACCGACAAACGAAUCGGAUACCUCGGUGCAAUGCUACUUUUGGACGAGCGAAGUGAAGUACAUUUGCUUGUCACAAACUCUCUCAAAAAUGAUCUCAAUUCGCAAACGCAAUUUGUUACUGGACUUGCUUUGUGCACUCUUGGAUCGAUUUGCUCGUCUGAAAUGUGCAGAGAUUUGGCUAACGAGAUUGAAAGGCUUGUGAAAAGUAGCAAUGCUUACAUCAAAAAGAAGGCAGCACUUUGCGCAUUUCGAAUUGUGCGAAAAGUUCCAGAGCUAAUGGAGGUCUUUAUCAGUUGCACUCGUUCAUUGUUGGGCGAAAAGAACCACGGUGUUCUGAUGGGUGCCACGACGCUUGUGACAGAAAUGUGUGAAAGGAGUCCCGAUGUGCUGAAUCAUUUCAAAAAGUUAGUGCCGAGCUUGGUGAGAAUUCUCAAAAAUCUUCUUAUGAGUGGCUAUUCACCAGAACACGAUGUCACCGGAAUCAGCGAUCCAUUUCUUCAAGUGAAACUUCUGCGUUUGCUACGUGUUCUCGGCAAAGAUGAUCCAAAAGCGACCGAAGAAAUGAAUGAUAUUCUUGCUCAAGUUGCUACGAACACUGAAACCGCUAAAAAUGUUGGAAAUGCUAUUCUCUAUGAAACGGUGCUCACAAUUAUGGAGAUUCGUAGUGAAAGUGGCUUGCGUGUGUUGGCCGUUAACAUUCUCGGACGUUUCUUAUUAAAUCCGGAUAAGAACAUUCGCUAUGUUGCUUUGAACACAUUAUUGAAGACUGUCGCUGUCGAUUAUCAGGCUGUGCAGCGUCAUCGCACAACUGUUGUCGACUGUUUGAAAGAUCCGGACAUUUCGAUUAGAAAACGUGCUAUGGAACUUUGCUUUGCGCUCAUCAAUAAGACGAAUAUUACUCACAUGACAAAGGAAAUUUUGAUAUUCUUGGACACAGCUGACCCGGAAUUCAAAUCCGAAUGUGCUUCGAAAAUGUAUGUUGCAACAGAACGCUUCUCUCCAUCGCAGGAAUGGCAUCUUGAUACGAUGAUUAAAGUGCUCGAAUUGGCCGGCAAUCAUGUUCCGGAUGAAGUGGUCUCCUGUAUGAUUCAACUAGUUUCUUCGCAUCCUUCCAUUCAACAUUAUGCUGCUGUUCGACUUUUCCGAUCGAUUCAAGCUCAAGAUGUCACAAAUGCUCAACCGUUGUUACAAGUCGCAUUCUGGUCUAUUGGAGAAUUUGGAGAUUUGCUUCUACAGCCGAGUGAUGAUGACUCGUCGAGGAUAGAGGAAGGGGAGGUUGUGUCUGUGUUUGAGCUUGUCAUUCCCUCCACUCUUACGUCGUUGGUUACAAAAUGUUACGGAGUAACAGCCCUGGCAAAGCUCGCAACGCGAUUCUCGUCAACUCUCCCACGGGUUCAGGCUUUGAUUGGAGCAAACCAGGCGCACAUUCACUUGGAGUUACAACAAAGAUCUAUUGAGUUCAAUCGCGUGGUUGAUGCUGGAGAUUUAAAGUUUGGUCUACUUGAACGGAUGCCGAUCAUUCAACAAAACUCACUGAAUGCCGCUGCUGCUCCGAUUGAUGAAAGCAUGAUGGAGGUGACAACCAACUCGAACGAUGGUGGAAACUUGAUCACGACGAAUGCGGACCUUUUGGGCGGCCUCUCGUUGGAUUCGAAUUCUAUGCCUGGUGUACAAGCAGCUCCAUCUCUGAAUGCUGGCAAUGAUCUUUUCGAUUUGAUUGGUGGUGGAGGAAUUCCAAGCUCUUCUGGACCUGCUACCAUCGCUAAUGGUCUAGACGAUUUGCUUGGAGGAGCUCUUGGUGGAUUGUCGGUGUCGAACCCGCUAUCAACGGCAAACAUUUCACCAAAUCCAUCAACAAACGCGGAUCCAUUUGACUUUUUAGGAGGAGGAACUACACAGAAAAGUGCACCGCCCUCAAAUCCCGGAGUUAUGGCAUUGAAUUCAAAUGGAAUUGAGGCUAAGCUUGUUGUUGAGAAAGAUUUUAUUGGAGGCCAACCAGCCGAACUACUGCUUUCCGUGGUCAACAAUAAUUCAGCAAAAGUCGAGAAUUUCGUUUUUCAAGCCGCCGUUACGAAAGCUUAUCAAGUCGAGCUUCAAGCUGCAUCUGGAAGCGAUCUUGGUUUGAAUGGUGCUCAACCACAAAUUACUCAACGAAUGCGCAUCAAAAAAGUGGCGGAUGGACAAACGUUGCGAAUGCGUACUCGGGCAACUUUCACCCUCAAUGGCUCAUCGAUCACCAUUCAAGGAGAAGUUAACUCGCUGCCUGGUCUAUCU